UUCAUCAGGAUUGAUAAUAUUCUGUAAUUAGAAUUGAUAUAAAAAUAAAAAUAAAGUUGAAGAAAAAACAAUUUCAAAGAAUGAAUUUCAGGAAAACCGAUACGAUCUAAAAUUGAUUAAUGAACAUCGUCAUGUGAUUCAUUCACCUUAUCCAUUUGUGUGAAGAGAAAUGAAAAAAUCAUUCACCUGUUGAUUCGACUGUUCUCAUAUCAUUCCAUCCAUCACCAACAGGAAUUAUAAUUCCUCGAAUGUAUCGUAACUUUAUUUAAUUUUGCCUGAGGCGACCAACAAAUGUGAAUAACAAUGGCCGGAUUUCCAGAUAUUUUCUAGUUAUUUAAUCAAUGGAAAGGGAAAAAAUAAAUAAAUCAUGAUCUGUGUUUUUUUUCAAGCACAUGAUACAUGAUGAAUGUCCUACAUUUUUAAUUUCUAAUUCAAUUCAAUUGAAAAAAAAACAAAAUCCAAAUUCAACGAUUGAUUGUUAUGCAAUAAAAGUUACAAGUACAAAAAUGAAUUACAAUUUUUCUGUUUUUUUUUUGUUUUUUUUUGUGACAACAACAGCUAUACUUAUUCAAAGGUCACAUUAUUGAAGGAUGGGACAACAGAUGACAAACAACAAACACUCUUGUGAUAUGAAGAAGAGUGCAUAAGAAAUUAAUAUCUUCGAUAUAUGUGGUUGGAACAAAAUUGUUGAUAAUGUGAACGAGAUGGUGACAAAAAAAGAAGAAAAUUAUUGAAUCAAAGAUUCAUGCAUUACAACAACAUGCACAAAAGUGAUUAACGUAUUUCAACGUAAAAAAUGUUAUAAUCAACGACGUUAAACAAAAAUGGGAGGACAUUGUAUCUUCAACUAGUUUCUUUUAUGGAAACUCUACAAUCAAUGGCGGUGAAAGUUGAAAUUGAUCAUUGAAGCCUGAAUCUAGUUGACGAUAUCUUGAAUUUUUCUAUAUGCAUGUGUGUGUGUGUGUGUGUGUGGUAUUUGUGUUUGAAUGAAUUAUACAGGCAUGAUGUAUGAUGUUACCAUGGGGCUACUGUUACUAAAGUUUGAUUCUUUAAUUUGAAAAAUUUUUUUCACCAAAAACUUAUAAACAAAUACAGCGACUAUCAUCAUCAUCGUCAUCAUCGGCCCAAUCAUUUUUAAUCUUAUCCAUGUCCAGUUAAUGCUGGUGGCUCAUCACUAUUACCAAUCACAAUGACGGCCAGAAUCUAUUCAAUUAUCAAACGUUCAGCAUAUCAGAAUGCUUUUCCCAAAGUUAAAAUUUCUCCCAACAAUUUCUGGAAUAAAAUCAGUCUAGCUCCAAGAGAUCCAAUCCUGUCGAUAAAUCAACUUUAUCAACAGGAUCCGAAUCCUGAAAAAAUCAAUCUUUCCAUUGGUACAUAUCGAACCGAAAACAAUGAAUCCUAUGUAUUUCCAACAGUAAGAAAAGCUGAAAAAAUUGUCUUUGAUGACUGUUUCGUGAUUGACAAAGACUAUUCACCAAUGGAAGGUUAUAUGCCGUUUAAUCGUGAAGCAUUUAGAUUGUUAUUUGGUGGUGAUCGUGCUCUUGAAAAAUCUAGCAUAACCGUACAAACAUUAGCCGGUACCGGUGCAUUAGAUUUGGGAGCUGCAUUUUUGGCUAAAUUUUUUCAAGGCCACAAACAAGUAUCAAUUUCAAAUCCAUCAUGGAUCAAUCAUUACUUUAUAUUUCGAAAUUAUAAUUUCGAUAUCCAUGCAUUUAGAUAUUAUGAUAAUAAUCGUAAAACUUUUGAUGAAGAUGGCUUUUUCGAAGAUCUUAAAAAUUUGCCAAAUAAUUCUGUUAUCCUCAUACAACCUUGUGGCCAUAAUCCAUCGGCCAUUGAAUUGAAUUCAGAUCAAUGGAUGAUGGUAUCGAGGAUAGUGAGAAAUAAAAAUUUACUUCCAUUUUUUGAUAUUGCUUAUCAUGGAUUAUGUUCAGGAAAUAUCGACCAAGAUGUCAAUCCAAUUCGUUUGUUUGCUGAACAGGGCCAUUUGAUGCUUAUAUCGCAAUCAUUUUCAAAAAAUAUGGGUAUCUAUAGUGAUAGAGUUGGAUCAUUGACCAUUGUAUGUGAUUCAGAGAAUGAAGCUUAUCGUGUACAAUCACAACUAAAAAAUAUAAUCAUUUCGAAAUAUAUCUGUCCACCAACUCAAGGCGGACGACUUGUUGCCUCGAUACUGUUGGAUCCAUCAUUGAAAAAAGAAUGGCAACAAGAUCUGCAGCGGAUUUCAUCGCGAUUGUCGUUGACAAGAAAAGAGCUACAAUCCAAACUAGAGAUAGCUUGUCCAUCGUAUCAUCAACAAUGGCGUACAAUCACUGAACAACGUGGCAUUUUCUGGUACUCAGGAUUAACAUCAUCACAAGUUGAAACAUUGAUUAAUGAUUAUAGUAUUUAUCUUUGUGAAGAUGGUCGUGUCAAUGUUGCCGGUUUGACUUGGAAAAAUAUUGAUUUAUUUGUCAAUGUUGUGAGCAAUAUACUCAACAACCAAUGAUUUAUGGUUUAUGGCAUAUAUUUAUUUUAUUUUAUUUUUUAAUUUUAAUUUUAAUUUAUAAAAUUUCAAAACCUAACUAUAAUGUGUUAGUCAUGCAUGUUGAUUAUUAUUAAAAUAAAUGAUGAUAAUUCAA